GCUAGGAAAUUCGAUCUUUCUUGCUUCAGGGAGGAGUUGCAUUGCACAUGAUUCAAAGAAGUUAGUUUCUAGUUUAGUUACAUCAAGUAUGCUUUCGGCACUCCGUAUAACAUUCAGCCCAUAUUUUAUGCUUAAUUUGAUAGCAUGUUUAGCUUAUAUUGGCUCGAAGUAUAUUCCAUGGGUUUGCAGACAUGCUUAUGGAACUGGAGAGAAGUGUGCUCUUGACUGGCGUGAUCAAGAAAUUUUGAUGUUUCUUUGCUUCGUAAUUGUGAUCAAAAACAGAAGAUGGAAGCCAAGUCAAUGGACUGAGUACAUGGCAAAUGUCUUCAUGCUAGUCAAAGGUACCAAUAUACUAUUGUUCUUCAGGAAAAAUACCGCCUUGGGUAUUGUAUACAUCAUUAUUUGCCUGAUUCUUUUCUUACUUGUCCCGGAACCGAAGUACAAAGGGCCUGAAGAAGUCCGGUAUUUUAGAGGGCAAGCUUUGGAAGAAGAGAUAGCACAAAAUAAAGGGACAAUUUACCUGAUCGAAUUUUAUGCCUCGUGGUCGUCAGCGUGCAACCAUUUUACUCCAGUGUUUGCUGAAAUAUCCCUGAAUUACAACCAUGAAUAUCUAAAGUUUGGCAAGCUCGAUGUUGGCCGUUAUCCUAUUGUAGCAGAAAGAUACAACAUUGAUACAACAGUCAGAUCCAAGCAACUUCCAACACUGAUAUUGUUUGUUAAUGGAGAAGAAAAGUUAAGGAGGCCAGCUGCUGGAGAGAGUCAGAUCUCCUGGUAUUAUCGGUUUACUAAGGAGAACAUCAUUCAAGAUUUCUGCUUAAAUGAACAUUAUAGUGCUUCUAAAGAAAAAGCAAAGAGAAAGGGGAUUACUAGCGAGGAGAAGCCUAAAAAGGACUAACAAUUAUCAAUACAUAAAGUGUGUUCAUGUCUUAAUAUAAAAUGUUUUUCCUUUUUGAAUUUGUAGCAUGAAGCAAAGUAAAAUGCUAAGAAAUGCUGACUGCCUGAUGCUUAUACUGUAUUUACCUUGGGAUACAAGGCUGUAAUGCUGGAUAAAACCAGAUAUUUUAUGCUAGUGUUUAAACUUUUUAGUAAAUUUUUGGUUUAAAGUUAUUGCUGAUGUUUACCUUUGCUUAUAUUUAAAAUGCAUUUUCACAUAUAGUUGUAGUAUGUUAUACAAAUUUGCAUUAUAACUUUACCUGUGCUACA